AUGCCAACUCUGAAUCUCGUAACUAACGUUAAGGUUCCCGAUGCGAAGGCAUUCGCCCUUGAAUUCUCCAAGUUUGCUGCAGAGACUUUGCGAAAGCCCGAAAAGUAUAUCUCUGUGAUAUAUACCCACAAUGAAAUCGUGACUUUUGGAGGAACUCUCGAUCCAGCUUUUAGUUUGAGAAUUGACAGCUUGGACAACAUCAGCGAACAGGAGAAUGAGGGUUACAGCAAAGCCUUCUACAAAUUCUUUGAAGAGAAACUGGGGACAAAGGGCGACAGAGGAUAUGUAACUUUCAUCGAUCCCGGCCGGGCUAACAUUGCGUAG